GAAAAAACUAUUCUAAUGCGAGCUUUCUAGCUGCAGUUCUUUAGAGCAAGGUCUUUAGUUGAUCAUCACAAAGCAGUGAGUCAAGUUCAAAACUAAAACAAGGUAGUUUUGAUAGAAAAGAAAAAAAAAAUACUGUGAACAAAAUGGAUUUCCAAGGCAAAAACGUCGUCUACGUUGGUGGUUUUGGAGGAAUUGGUUUUGCUACAUGCAAGUUGCUUGUUAAGAAAAAAGUUGCGAUCUUGACUAUCCUUGAUGUCAAGGAGAAUGCUGCUUAUAUGAAAGAACUCAUGACACUGAAUCCCAGCACUAAGAUUAUGUUCAUGCAAUUGGAUCUGUGCAACAAGGAUCAGAUUGAAAAGGUCGUCAAUGAUGUCAUUGAAACGAUGAAGGUUGUUGAUGUCCUUGUCAAUGGAAGUGGCAUGAUCAAUGACAAAAAACCUGAAAUGACAAUGGGUGUUAACUUGCUUGGUUUGAUUCAUACAACUAUGCUUAUGAUUCCUCAUAUGGAUAUGGGAAAUGGAGGCCGUGGGGGAAUGAUUGUCAACAUUGCUUCAGUUUUAGGCUUGGAACCAUGUGGGUGUUUGGCAAUUUACACUGCCUCCAAACAUGGUGUUAUGGGAUUCAGUCGUUCCAUUUCAGAUGAACACUACUUCAAUAGAACAGGUGUUGCCAUUAUGACCAUUUGCCCUGGUAUCACUGUAACCGGAUUAUGGGAUACCUUCCAUGGAAAUGAUACUUUUUCAUACUCCAAUAAAUUGACAGAUGAAUUUUGUUCAGCAAAGAAUCAAGAUGCUGAAGUAUGUGCUGUUAAUUUUGUGAAAGCUAUGGAAACGAAGAAAAACGGAUCAAUUUGGAUAUUGGAUUUGGGUAAAUUGGAAGAAGUCAAACCAACCAAGUAUUGGGGAUUACAAUUUUAAGACGAAAAUUGU